GCACUCUUCCACGAGCCAACCAGCCGAUCGCACGCGAACAGCGGUUCUUGCUUGUCCUUGGGCGUAUCCCCGUCAACUCGUUGCUUUCGCUGCUGGAUCUCCGCGUCACUGCGUUACAACGAUUUUCGCUCUAAUAAAAUAUAAACUCAAAUAUCGGUAUCGAGCCCAACACAAUCUCAAAUGGGAGAACCAGCUAAAGGACAAUCUUCUCAACAAUCAUUUCAAGCCCUAAUGCCUAGUGCUCAUUGUCCCAAUAGACCGGAACACCUUAAAGGUAUUCAGAAGCACUUAGUGUAUAUGUUGCAUGCGCAUANAUGCAAAACCAAACUUAGGACUGACGAGCAUAGACAAUGUGGCUUAUCAAAUUGCUUAAUGAUUAGAAAUUUGUUAACUCACAUGACGAUGUGUCAACUUGGCAACAACUGCACAGUGCCUAAUUGCAAAAUAUCGAGACAGAUUAUUAAUCAUUGGAGACACUGUAUUAACAAUAACUGUGUGAUUUGCGAACCAAUAAGACAGGGAGCUAGAGAAGCCAAUCCACAAAAUCCUCACACACAUUUCAAACAGAAGUUUGAGUUUGAAUCUAGUCUGAUAGAUGUACAGAAUAUAUUGGAAAACUUGCAGCUUUCAAGUGACCUUCAACAUAGUCAAGUCACAGCAACACCCAUGCAAGGAACACAGUAAUAACAUCAGUCUGUCACUCCAGAUCUCAGGGAAUCAUCUAGUUCAUAAAUUGUCUAAGCAAUGUUCCUCACUCCGGAUCCACAAACUAUGCUCGACAAAAGAAUUGUGCAACUUUGUUACGUACGCAAGAAAGAUGGAGGGCGAAUUGUACGGAAUGGCUAAUUUGCGAUGGGAAUAUGAUCAUCUUUUGACCGAAAAGAUCUAUAUAAUAUAAAAGGAAAUACUUUAAACACUUUAAAAACAUGUUUUUUACUUAUAUGUAAUUUUUACAAUCU